AUGGAAAAUGUAACAAGAAUCAGCACAAACUUUGUUCUCCUCGGUAUUGUUGAAAUGGAGAAGCUAAAAUAUUUAUUUAUUGUGAUUGCAAUAGUUUUAUAUUUGAUCAAUAUGCUUACCUGUUCAUCCAUCGCCUACAUCAUUUUGACAGAAAAAACUCUGCAUAAACCCAUGUACAUUUUCAUAUGUAAUUUGGUUAUUGAUGUGAUGCACGGUAGCUCAUCGUUCUUCCCAAAGCUCAUCAUUGACUUGUUGAGCGGAGGUUCGUCCAUCACUCUUGUUGGAUGCCUCAGUCAAGCUUUCUGCAUCCAGAUCUUUUCAUCUGUUGAAGUGUGUACCUUCGCUGUCAUGGCUUAUGAUAGAUAUCUGGCGGUGGCUGAACCCUUAAGAUACCACAAUCUGAUGACUAAUAGAAAAGCUGUAAAAUUUUGCAUUGGGAUAUGGGUUUUUGAUAUAGCAAAUGAAGUUAUCUAUGUGACGCUAACGGGAAGACUGACUUUUUGUGGCAGAAAUAUCAUCAAUGUUUAUUGUGAGACCAUGUCCCUUAUGUUUCUGGCCUGCGGUGACAUAACUGUUGCCAAUCUUUAUGGAACUGUUUGGGCAUUGUCCCUGGUCAUCUUUAGUAAUGGAACCGCUAUCUUUUGUUAUAUAGGAACAUUUAUUGUGUGUCUGAAGAUAUCAAUGAAAGACAGUCAGAAAGCCAUCCAUACCCUGAUUACACAUGUGCUGACUUUUAGUGCAUGUAUGUCUUCUGGUCUAUUUGUCAUUUUUAGAUACCGAUUAAAUGGCGGCUCAGUAUCCAUUGCAGCACAACUGGCCAUUGCUGUCUUAGGACUGACUGUAUCUCUGACGUUAAACCCCCUGGUAUAUGGGAUAAGGAUGGAAGCUCUGAGAGCGAAGAUCCUUCAACAUCUACGAAAACUGCUCGGAACCAUCCAAACCAACCCUACCAAUUCACAUGUUAGAUAA